AGAAACGACAACCUUUUUCAUUCUUCUUCUUCUUCUACUAAAUGAUCAUUACCAAACGAAUCAAAGUUCUUCUCUUUUCUGCAAUCAAACGAAAGGCAUCCUCCACCCAUAUAUGCAUUAAAUAUACCCACCCUUCUUCUUCUUAUUCUCCAUACACGCUUCUCUUACGCGGGGCGGGCAGGCACAGAGAGAGAGAGAAAACCCAAGAUCCUUGUUGUAAAUCGCACGCGUAUUCAAUUCUAUUGAAUCCAUAACAUCAAUCCAUACCAUACCCAGAAGCAGGUUUUGCUUCUUACACUUUGGCCUAGGUCAAAUUGGAGACAGAGCUCCUGGUCACAUCUCUGUUCAUUGUAACUUGGCUAUUAAGAAGGAUCUCGAGAAGAUGGAUGAAGCAAGUGGGUUUUACGCUUUAAAUCGCCCUCGUUUGCGAAGAAUUUUCAGACGAAUUUCUGCAUUUUCUCUAGUGGUGUUCAUUUUCUUCUUUUCUGAAAUGAGUGGGAAAUCAUCUUCUUCUGGUCGGAUUGAAGUAGUUAGGCGGCAUGUUAUGGAAGUUAAUGCUAAUUUAAACGAUUCUACAGUUGAUGCUGUUCACGGGUCAGGCGAGAAUAACUUGAAUCUAAUUAAACCCCCCACGUUUUGUCCAGGAAUAUAUAACCACCAAGGGUAUGAAAGUCAAUGUGAUUACUUGAUUAACAGUUCACAGUGUGCUGAUUCUGGCGGUUUCUUCAAUUACAUUGCUUUCUUCUAUUGUGAUUGCGAGAAAAACAAGGCUUUGGGUUACAUGGUGCUUGUCCUUUGGUUAGUGGCCCUGUUUUAUCUACUUGGAAAUACUGCCACUGAAUACUUCUGUUGCUGCCUUGAGAAGUUAUCAAAUCUAUUGAAUCUGAGACCGACAGUUGCAGGCGUAACUUUGCUUCCUCUUGGAAAUGGAGCCCCUGAUGUUUUCGCCAGCAUUGCAGCUUUCAUGGGGACAGAAGCAGGGGAUGUUGGUCUCAACAGUGUUUUGGGCGGUGCCAUGUUCGUGUUGAGUGUCGUCGUGGGUACUAUUGCUAUCUGCUCGGCUGGGAACUCUGGUAGAAUUAGCAAGAGAUGUUUCUUCAGAGACGUCACUUUCUUCCUAUUUACGCUUGUUGCACUCGUUGUGAUUCUCGUAGCAGGGGAGGUGAAUUUCGGAGGCGCGAUCGCUUACUUUUCGAUUUACGUUGUUUACGCUUUGUCCGUGGCUGCAAACGAGAUCAUAAGGAGAAAGGGAUAUAAGCAAGAUUCGGAGUCUCUAGUUUCGAUACCUCUGCUUGCCCAUGCAGAUGAGAAUGGCGGCGUUCCCCUUCUGGGAACAAGGCUUCCCCAUUGGGUUUGGAAUUCGCAUGUGGGCAUUUAUACAAACGAAGAGGGUUCAGGGGACGCGUCUACACCGAAGGCCAUGUGGGGUUGGAGCAAUGAGGAGACGGUUGGGGAUGGGGAUGAUUGGUUCAAGUUUUGUUGGUGGGUGUUGGAAUUGCCGUUGGCUCUUCCAAGAAGGGUAACGAUCCCGAUAGUGGAGGAAGAGAGGUGGUCUAAAGGGUAUGCGGUCGCCAGUGCUUUCUUUGCACCGAUGCUCUUAGCGACCUUGUGGAACUCUCGACAAAACAGUGUCGAUUUUUUCAGCAAAGAAGUUGUGUAUGUAAUGGGUGCAACGGUGGGUAUUAUAUUGGGAGUUGUAGCGAUUAUUUACACGAAAAGGGAAGGUCCGCCGACGAAGUUUGUGUUUCCUUGGGUUUUGGGAGGUUUUUUUAUGAGUAUAGUUUGGUUCUACAUAAUAGCAAACGAGCUGGUGGCACUGCUGGUGGGGUUAGGGGUGAUAUUUGGAAUAAAGCCGUCCAUCUUGGGAUUAACGGUGUUGGCGUGGGGAAACUCGAUGGGUGAUCUGAUGUCGAAUUUGGCGUUGGCGAUGAACGGUGGGGAUGGCUUGCAAAUGGCGAUGUCGGGGUGCUAUGCUGGGCCCAUGUUCAACACGCUGGUGGGUUUGGGAAUCUCGAUGGUGCUAGGGGCAUGGUCCAAGAUACCGGGCUCGUACAUUGUUCCCAAGGACAAUAGCUUGUAUUUCACAAUCGGGUUUAUUGCGUUGAGCCUGGUUUGGUCAAUGGUAGCUUUACCCAGAAAUGGGAUGCGCCCAGGCAAGCUGUUGGGAGUGGGUCUUAUAACACUUUACUUUACAUUUCUUUCUGUUAGACUUUUGACUGCUCUAAGUUCUAUGUCAACAGACGGUUCUUAACACCAAAUCUUAUGUAAAUCCUGCUUGUAUGUAGUAGUAAUUGUUAACCCAUAGCUCAUAUGGAUGGAUCGAGAAGUUUGCCAAUUAAUCUAUAGCUAUCUUGCAUUGAAUCCAACAUAUAUAUGGGAAAUGACUCACCUCCCAAGAAUGGAGAUAAAGUAAUUUCAAGUAU